AUGAAUAAGGAAUUAUUCAAAGUUGUUAAUGAGUUGGCAAGUAUCGCGCUUGCUACCUCGACAGACGACAGCCCUUUCUUCAGCACCUUUUUAAGAUUAUUAUCGGAAAAAGAAGGACUUACAGAACAAGAUAAGGCAAGCAUUAGAGAACAUUGUAAUAAUGCCAUGGAAAAUUUAAAUGCACAAAAGAAAAGAGAAGAAAUACCAUGUUCGGAAUGUAACUCUAUUAAAUAUUCAAAUAAGUACUGUGAGAAUUGUAUGAGCGAAAAAUUGAAAAGUCAAUUCGAGAACUGGACGUCAGGAAAUAAACUUAUUGAUGAUUUUAUUAAACAAUGCCA